AUGUCGAAAUUUCUGAAAAUUCACGAUGACGCGUUGACUCCGAUGUAUAUUCAUAAGCAGGCGAUGAGAUAUAUGCUUGAAGAGUGUCGUGGAGAUCUGAGUGCUUUCAACAAGUACCCUCAGGGCAGCUCGAAGGGAAAAGAAGAGUAUAUUUUGAAGGCGUUGAUGGAUAGAGCUGGAAAUAAUCUCAGAAUGUACGGAACCGCCCGUGAGUUCGCCGAGAAUCUGGAAGUCUAUGGAAAUUUCACAGGGAGUCAUGUGUUCUUCAAUGCAAUUGAUGAGCCGUAUCAGACGUCUCCAAUCAUCUACCGCAGUCUCAAAAACGAGGAAUACAUCUACAAAUCGGAUCUCCUCGUCAUUCUCCACAACAUCAUUAAUCAAAUCAAUCCGAAUUUUCCGUUCGAAGCGAUGUCCAUUAUCGCUUUUUCGCUGAAAUCCUUGGAAGAGAAAGUCACUGAUAACAUGGAAUUCGUGCGAUUCGAUGAGAAAUUUUUCGAUGAAAUCGAGAAAGAAUUGAGAGAAGAGAUCGAUAAGAACACUAUGAGACGUCCAGAAACUGACAAUUUGAUGAAGGAAAUGUCUGGAAUGACAUUCGAGAAAUGUCUCGAAAAAGUGAAAUCGGUGGCUCCAGAAGAGACGUGGCGGGAUCAGGGUCAGAUGAGAGAUCGUCGUAUCCGAACGGUUUUCACCACUACUUGUAAAGAGUUUCCACGUGGAAUGCAUCAUCUUCCGAUGUCUGUGAUCUACUUUGCAUGUGAUCCAGUCAUCAAGGCUAUCGGAAAUGUUCGCCGGAAUCAUCUGGGAUUUCUCCGUCUUCGAGAUAAGAAGUCGGCGGUGACUGUUAGAUUGUUUGAGGAUGAACAUGGUGGAGAGAGAUUCGUGAUGAAGGAUGAACUUGACGACACAUUGUAUACAAUUGGGGAAGAGGAGAUUCAUGUGAUUUUGACGAUGAGUCAGGAGGAGGUCUAUCAGAAGUUGGGACAUCAGAAUGUCGAGUUCAUUCUCCACCCAAUCCGUCGUGCCAAACACCGAGCUGUCCCUAUCAGAGGCCCCGGUGCCUCCGGUCCCAAUAAUUUCUUCAUUCUCGCCAUCGACGCCUUCUUCGAACUCUCCAAAAGUGUGAUCACUGGAUGCAAGUUCUUCCAAAAUCAUGAUUUUCAAAGAUUCGCAAUGAUUAUGGAGGAAGUCGAUUCGAUUCUCAAACCGCAUUGUGAAAAACCAUAUUUCAUCAUCAUCCAAGCGAUUGAUGUGAUUAAGAAAACGUUGUUCAUUUGCGACUUCUUUUUCAAGAAAAACGUUGCAUUGAAAGAGAUUCGUAAUGCGAAAUCUGAUGGAUUCAGUCUUCAAAAUCUGAAAAACGAGCUGAAACACCUUGGGCUCACUGAGACUUUUCCGGAGAUUCAGGAGCAUGCAGAAGCGGUUUAUGAAGGAAUCGAUAAUGUCAAAAAGGAGAAAUUCCUAAGAACUUGUGACUUAUUCGAUGCAGUGGAGAGUUGUCAAAUGAUUUGUAUUCUCAAUCGACUUCCGAAUCUCAAAAAGUUCGUUCACAAUCAGAAAGGAUGCGGGAGAAUUGCGGGAUUGAAGUGUGAGAAGUGUGAGAAGACGUCAGAGAUUCAGAAUUCUAUGAAGAAUCUGAAAAUCGAGAGUUCGGGUUGCCACAUCUGCUCCACGCAAAUAAAGACAUCUGAUGUUGUCACGAGAUGUCCGCUGUGCAAGACAAGAUUCCAUUCGAAUUGCGCACUCAAAUGGAUCAAAGACCAGAAACACUGCCCAGCAUGCAAAGGAGAUUUCCCAGGAAUUUAA